AUGGUCUCGUUCGCCCCCGUUACCCAGACCAAGCACGUCAUGGAAUCUCUGCGCCCCUUGAAGGGCAUUCUCAAGAAGAGAGCCCAGUCGAGCUUGGCCCCCAUCGAAUUUCGAGGCGGCCUCCAGAAUCAUCAUGCGGAGAAUCACCAUGCCUUUGACGACUAUCUGUACUACAUGCACAUCGCUUCGGUAUGGGACUGGUACUCCCGUUACCCACCCGUGGACGGCAGCAAGAAGGAUCGAGUCACGUUCAACGACCAUCGAACGGUCAAUGUGUUCCUCGUAGAUGGUCCGAUGGAGGAGUUCUCCGGCUACCCUCACCACGACCCGGACCACAUCCGUGUGUCCGAGCACGAAUACUCGGCGGAGGACCUGAAGAUGCUGGGCGGCGAGGAGGGCUGCCCCGAGCAGCUAUUCGAACAUUCAGAGACAAGCAGCGACACGUCCAGCGAGGGCGGUCCUGCCACUCCCCCACUCAGCCCCAUCAGCACCUUCGAUGUCGUCGACAUCCAGUUUGCUUCUCGCAGCUGGGAUGACAUGAUGGACGAAGACGCAGAGAUUGAGCUUGGGAUGCCCAUGGUGGCAAAGCCCAUGUCUACUACUACCCCGAAUAUCGCCAUCUUCGAUGGUCUUGGUGUCGGCAUCAAGGGACGACGAUGGGACGAGGACGAUGAAGACGACUUGCCCACCCUGCCUAUGACGGCAACGCCCCCGAAUGUCGACAUUUUUGAUGGCCGCGGCCUUAAUAUCAAGGGAACACGAUGGGACGAAGACGAUGAGGACGAGACGCCUCUGGUUGUCCCGUCGACGAUCAUCUCCGACGAUACCGCACCACAUAUUGCCAUCUUUGAUGGACUCGGCACUGGCAUCAAAGGCCGCCGAUGGGACGACGACGACGAAGAAGACGACCUCGUCGAUAUACCCUUUUAUACUACUGUCGCAGCGAUGGCAACGCAGUCUCAGCAGAACGUGGACGCUUGCGAUGGCUUGGGAACCCGCCUUAAGGGUCCAGCAGGGAUUGGAUUGGAUGAUAGGAAAGCCGUAUCGAAGGAGAAGCUAGAUCAAAGCCGCCCGCGCAUAGACGUAUGGGAUGGCAGGGGAACGUCCAUUCAGGGAAGAAGUUGGGCUGAUGACGAGGAUGAAGAAGAUUGA